AUGUCCACAACAAACAAACCUCUGCGAUACAGCAAUUUCCGAGAUUUACAGAAGAACGUGGAAAAAUCAAACGACGUGCCGCUUACGGCGAGAUGCAAGACCUAUUAUACAACCGCGACCCAGCUAUACGACAAAGCUCAGAGAGCCAAGCUCGAUGGGGACCUCGAGGCAGCAUUUAUUUUCUUCGUCCGCUUUGGGAACCUCGCUCUACGGCUGAAAAACGCUCCCGAUUUCUCCCAAGCCCAGUAUCCAGGCUUGAGAAAGGCGGCAGAUGCUAUUUCGGAAGCUGAAGUGCUGCAGAGCGAGUUAAUGAAACUCUAUGAAGUCAAGCUGUGCAGAGCUUCGACUGCAUCAGUGUCCGCGAACAAUAACAUCAGCCAUAAUCCUCAGGAUCAACAGAGACGUGCCACUCAGGUUUAUGAUAUGCUGGAGAAUCACAAAUGCCUUGUGAUAGACUUGCGAGAGCAAGCCGAGUUCGAGGACUCCCACAUGGUGCACAAGUACCUUUUCAAUCUGCCGGGGAAGUUUUUGAAGCCCUCUCAGACCGGCGUCGAACUCGAAGAAGCCACCAGAAGUUUGCAGUCGCAUCCGAUGUUCCUUCAAAGAAAUGCUUUCGAGUACAUCGUAAUCCUUGAUUACGAUACUCAGAACCCUUUCCACGCGGGAGUCCCUGAUAAUCACCCUAUUCGACUUCUGUACAGCAUCCUUACAAGUGAUGACUCGAAAGCGAAAAAACUAAAAAAUCUUCCGGUGAUACUGAAAGGGGGAUACCGCCUAUGGUUGGCUUCGUACCCCCGGAUGACGACCAAUGCCCAUCCGAGGAAGCUUAACGAAUCUAUUCCCCCGAGUCAUUUUCCCUCAGUCAACGUAAAUUACCCGUCAUUAGAUGUGCUCUCGACGCCGAUACCGAGUGCCCCGCCCGCGCCGGAUACGGCUCCAUCAGACAGGAUUCUUCAGAUUCCAGAACGACCGUCCUCUUCGAAUCGUCCCGUGAAACCUUAUAGCGGUGAAUCGAUAGGUCCAACAUCGAAUGAGAACGCUUUACCGAGAUCGCGUUCCUUGACGGAAAUAGCAUCCGUGAACGAGCAAUCUCUAGUGAAACCUGAAGUCGAUCGUGCUUCUAAGCCGAGCACUCUACCCGGGAGCGCGCGGAAUAAACACGAUAUGGCUUCUUAUCGAGUGAGCAAAACGCAUGGACUGCGCAACUUGGGCUGUUCGUGUUAUAUCAAUGCCUCCCUUCAGUGUCUUUCUCACACCCGGAAUCUAGCCGCCUAUUUUCUUCAAGGCCAGUAUAAGAACGACAUCGCGACCGACGAUUCCGACUUGACGCAGGAGCAACUAUUAUUACCGGAACUUUUCGAGAACGUGCUCUACUACUUGUACUAUGGAGGCGAUGAGGAGUCGUUGACGAAUUUCUGGAGGGAAGUCUUCAACGCAUUCCCUCAGUUCAAGCGAAAUUCUCAUGAGUGCGCCCACGAAUUCAUCACCAAUCUACUGUCGACACUACACGACGUAUUGAACCGUGCCUCUCACAAGAGUCGGCGCAGCGAAAUACCGGAAAUCGAUGAGAAUAACGUCGAGAUCGCUUUAAACAAAUUCUUCACUGAACGUCACGACGAAAGCCGGUCGAUUAUCGGAGAUAUCUUCGAGGGCUUGACAGUCAUUCAGCGUCAGUGUCGAACGUGCAAGAACUCUUCCUAUAAAUUCGAUGUCACCUUCUCGCUGGGCUUGCCGAUACCGGAUAGGCCCGAACUCACUUUGGAUGAUUGUCUACAAGAAGCUUUUCAAACUCAGGUUGUUGACUACAAGUGCACCCAUUGCAAUAGCCAGCAGAAGGCCACGCAAUCUGAGAGGAUUGCACGAUUGCCCAAAGUUCUGGUGAUAACGUUCCUGCGUUUCCGCCACUUCCAAGAUAGCACGCGCCAAAAAGCCAACAAUCACAUCGAGUUCGAGAACGUUAUCAGCCUAGAUAAAUACCUCGACUUCAAAACACAGCCUAAAUCCAAAAGCUAUCAUCUCUACGCGGUUGUCAAUCACUACGGUGAACUGGAUCGGGGUCACUACGUCGCAUUUUGUAAAAGUCUGUCUUCCAAUCUAUGGCACAAGUACGAUGAUCAGAUCGUCACCGAGAACCCGAUGCUAGCAGACUCAGAUAAGAGGAAUACCUAUAUUGCUUUCUAUAUGUGCGAUGAGAGCUGAAUGGGGGCCGGUGCCGUGCGUUCGACUGAAAUCUCUGGGCUGGAAGGAGAAUCCCUCCGAACACUACGUUAAUCAUUGUCUUAUUUAGCUUCAACGUCUCGAUGAUUCACAGUCCUCCUAACGACUGAUUCGGUUCCGGAGACUCUGUUUCCAUGCAAUUUUCCGCAAUAUUUUCGGGUUGGAAGGCUCACGCAGAUCCGAGGUUACCAGUCUUCUGCUGAAGCACAGCGGGAAACCCGGAGUGAUAAAGAGUUCCCUGGGUAUGUUUUUGUUGCUUUUUCGAGCCAAUAACCUCGAUAGUUACGGAGUUGUUGAUCCUCUCUUUUGUUUGAUAGUGGAGAAUGUGAUUCCUGCCGGCAUCUUGAUACGUCUGCCCCCGACACAUCCAUUCAAUGGCGAGCGGGGCGUUGGUAGAGCUCAUGGAAUGGGUCCGUAAUUUAUAACAGGGUCGUUGUGUAUAGCAGAGCUUAGAAUUGUACAUUCCGAUAAGACAACACCUACGUGGUUCCGGGGUGCUGUCCCGAACAGACGCAAUGCGAUUCCCUUUGAAUAAAUGUAUAUGGGAAACAUAUCACAGAAAGCUCCUGAUGUGA